AUGGCCGCUUCGAAGCCCGUGGAGCCGCAGUCUGGGGGCGGCCUACCCCGCUGGCAGCUCGCGCUGCUGCUCGGGGCGCCGGUGGCGCUCGGGCUCGGAGCCGUGUACCUGUGGCAGCGCAGCCGCGCCAAGGAGAAGCGCGCGGGGGAGCGGAAAACGCCGGAAGGCAGCGCGAGCCCCGUGCAGGGCCAGCGCACAGCGACGCAGCCCGAGCACGAGGACAUGAGCCCUCUGGAUAGAGCCCAGGCUGCUAAGAACAAGGGCAACAAAUACUUCAAGGCUGGCAAAUAUGAGCAGGCCAUCCAGUGCUACACAGAGGCUAUCAGCCUGUGCCCCAAAGAGCAAAAGAGUGACCUGUCCACCUUCUACCAGAACAGAGCUGCAGCAUAUGAGCAGCAGGCGAAGUGGACAGAAGUGGUGCAGGACUGCUCUCAAGCUGUUGAAAUGAACCCACGCUAUGUCAAAGCCCUGUUUAGGCGUGCCAAAGCCCUGGAAAAACUGGACAACAAGAAGGAGUGCCUAGAAGAUGUGACGGCUGUAUGUAUUCUUGAGGCCUUCCAGAACCAGCAAAGCAUGCUACUGGCAGACAAGGUGUUGAAACAGCUGGGAAAAGAGAAGGCCAAAGAAAAAUACAAGAACCGGGAACCUCUCAUGCCGUCUCCACAGUUCAUCAAGUCCUACUUCAGCUCCUUCACUGAUGACAUCAUCUCACAACCGCUUCAGAAGGGAGAGAAGAAGGAUGAGGACAAGGAUAAAGAGGGCGAGGCUGCUGAGGUCACAGAGAGCUCGGGCUAUCUGAAGGCCAAGCAGUACAUGGAGGAAGAGAACUAUGAUAAGAUCAUCAGUGAGUGCACUAAGGAGAUUGAGUCUAAGGGCAGGCACACUGCUGAGGCGCUGCUACUGAGAGCCACAUUCUAUCUGCUCAUCGGGAAUGCCACGGCUGCUCAGCCCGACCUGGAUAAAGUGAUCAACAUGCAGGAUGCCAAUGUCAAGUUGCGGGCUAAUGCUCUGAUAAAACGUGGCAGUAUGUACAUGCAACAGCAGCAACCACAGCUCUCUACUCAAGACUUCAACAUGGCUGCUGAAAUUGACCCCCGCAACGCAGAUGUCUACCAUCACAGAGGACAGUUGAAAAUUCUGCUGGACCAAGUAGAGGAGGCGGUGGCAGAUUUUGACGAGUGCAUUCUGCUCAGGCCAGAUUCUGCCCUGGCACAGGCACAGAAGUGCUUUGCCCUUUAUAGACAGGCCUACACAGGAAACAACCCAUCCCAAGUGCAGACAGCUAUGGAUGGCUUUGAAGAUGUCAUCAGGAGGUUUCCUAAAUGUGCAGAGGGCUAUGCUCUUUAUGCACAGGCACUGACUGACCAGCAGCAGUUUGGGAAAGCAGAUGAGAUGUAUGACAAGUGUAUUGAACUGGAACCUGAUAAUGCCACAACAUAUGUCCAUAAAGGGCUGCUGCAGCUCCAGUGGAAGCAGGAUCUGGACAUGGGCUUGGACCUUAUUAGCAAAGCAAUUGAGAUUGACAACAAAUGUGACUUUGCCUAUGAAACUAUGGGAACUAUUGAAGUCCAACGAGGCAACCUUGACAAGGCCAUAGACAUGUUCAACAAGGCCAUCAACUUGGCCAAGUCAGAGAUGGAGAUGGCCCACCUCUACUCACUCUGUGAUGCUGCCUACGCCCAGACUGAGGUGGCCAGGAAAUAUGGGCUCAAGCCCCCGACACUGUAACUCUCCUCCCCAAUCCUUAGUCUUCUGCUGAGCCUGAGUAUACACAUCCCAUAUCCUCUAAUGUCUGAGUUAUUUAAUUUUGUCUAAAAUUCUUUGUCAGAAGCAAGAAAGGUAGACAGAGGAGGGUCUGCAGUCGUGUAAUUAUGUUUACGUCUUUUUUGAUUAGAGUAAUACAGUGAAAAUGGAGAAGUGAGUUGAGGAAAUGAAAGAUAGAGGGGGAGAGAGAAAUCAGUAAAGACUAGAGUGAGAAAAAUAUAGUGGCUUUAUAGCCUCUGACAAAUUGGCAGUGGUUUAGCCUGUGGACACCCCUGCCUGGCACUUGGCGUGGCCCAGACUAACACCACCCUUCAUAAAAGCAUGCAUAUAUCACUGCUUUGCUUCCUGCGUUGGUUAUGUGCCCAUUUAUAAAUCCUAAAUGAUUCUUAGAAUUCCGAACUAUGUUCAGUAAAAAUACUAUCAGUAAAUUGAAAUGAAUUAACUUGAUAGCUUUAAUGGUUGAUGCUUGUUUUUUGUUUUUUUGGGGGUUUUUUUCUUGUAUGGGGACACUAAAAAUUGAAUAUGUCUAUGUGCACACUGUUGGAAGAAUUAUGUUCAGUUGAUUCUGGAAUUUUGGUUUGUUGCUGUGAUGUUAUAACUGUUUGGAUGUUUUCUACAGUUCUGCCACUGUCAUAUAGAAUUAGAUACACAUUGUUUUAUGGGAAGUGCAGGAUAAAGUGUUUUAGUUGAGACAUGUAGGCUGUGUAUUACAAGUUUGUCAGUGUGUCACUGCCAUUAUUGACACAUUUUAUGUCUAAAAGGGGAAAUAUAUCACGUCAAAGAGAA